ACUUUAAAGUAUAAACAAAACAACGUGGUUAGUGGUUUCAAAAUAUUAUUUAUUGUAAUUGAAAUGUAAAAUUCUUAUUUCUUAUUUGCUAAAUUAUGAAAUUAUAAGAAAUAAAAACCUUAAACAUUCAUUAAUAAAUUUCACAGUUUAGUUCCGUAAGCAUAGAUCAUAUUAAUCAUAAUCAUUAGUCAAUUGACAAUUGUUUAAAGAAAUAAUUAAAGGUAAGUGAUCAUGGGCAAAAAUAAAAAAAAAGGAGCAUCACGUAUUGAAAAAGCAACUGUCAAAAGAGAAAAAAAAAUAGCCCAAAGAAUUAAAAAGGAUAUUGGAAAAAUUGGAGAGCCUGAAGUAUCCACUAUAGUGGCUCAUAUUGAGGCUAAGAAUAAAGCAAAAGUUAAGGUGACUGAAACAAAAGUUGAUAAUCCAUCGAGAAGAUCAAAUUUUUCAUUUGUUCCACAUCCAGAUAAAGAUGAAAUUAUUCUAUUUGGAGGAGAAUUCCAUAAUGGUAAAAAUACAAUUAUGUACAAUGAUUUAAUAUUUUAUAAUAUAAGUCAUAAUACAUGGACAUUAGUGGAUGCUCCUGGUGCACCACCUUCUAGAUCAUCACACUCUGCUGUAAGUGUUGCUGUAGAUAAUGGACAACUGUGGAUUUUUGGAGGAGAAUUUGCCAGUCCUUCAGAGUAUCAAUUUUAUCAUUAUAAUGAUUUGUGGGUUUUUGGACUAAAGAAUCGAAAUUGGACAAAAGUUAUGGCAGAAGGAGGACCUUGCGCCCGUAGUGGUCACAGAAUGGUACUUAGCAAACGUCAUUUGGUAUUAUUUGGCGGAUUUCAGGAUAAUACUCACAACUAUCAAUAUUUUAAUGAUUUAUAUGCAUUCAGUUUGACUGACUAUAAAUGGAAAACCAUCAAAACUUCUGGGCAAGCACCUUCACCAAGAUCUGGUUGUCAAAUGUUUGCUAUGGAUGAUGGUAGGAUUGUUGUCUAUGGUGGUUAUUAUAAAGAAAAAGUUAAGAAAGAUUAUGAUAAAGGAACAAUUCUAAUUGAUAUGUAUAUGUUAACUCCUGAAAAAGGUGAUACAGAUUUUUCAAAUUAUCGUUGGUCAAAAGUUAAACAAGCUGGUUCUUUACCAACUGCUCGUUGUAGUUUAUCUGGUUCCUCAAUUAUGGGACAUAAUAAGGCAUAUUUAUUUGGUGGUGUUUAUGAUGAAGAACACGGAGAAGAUGAUUUAACUAGUACAUUUUAUAAUGAUUUGUACAUGUUAGAUAUGGAACAAAAUACACCUACUUGGAGAUUAAUUUCAGUUAAAGAACAACCAAACAAACUAGAUUCUGAGGUAGCUCAAUGUUCGGUUAAUUCAGAGACACCAACUCCUCGGUCUCAUAGUGGUUUAGCAUUUAAACAUAAUACUUUGUUUGUCUAUGGUGGAAUUGUCGAAAAAGGCUCAAAAUCGCUGACACUCAGUGACUUUUAUUCAUUAGAUAUCAAAAAAUUAAAAAAAUGGAAUGUGAUUUGUAGUGAUGAUAUAUUAAAAACUGUGAAUUCGGACUGUAGUUCUGAUGAUAGUAUGUCAACUGAUGACUCAUCAGAAUCUGAUGAAUCUGAUUCAUCAUCAUCAGACGGUCAAAUGGAUACUGAUUGAAUUAAAAUAUUAUUUUGUGGAAAUAAAUUAUAAUAAAUAUAAAUUGUUUUAAAUCAUAAGAAAA